CGAGUAAACACUGAAGUGUCGUUUGGGUUCCAUCGUGGAACAUUUGGAUUUCGUAUGUACUCUCUCUAUGUUUUUCUACAUCUACGUCUUAUCUUCAGACAACGGUGGUUGUUGAAGAAGCCCUUGCUCAUGUUUCACCUUAUGGCUUGCGGAACUGAACUUUAAGAACCAUUCCGGAACUGGGAGUUUUGGACUUUGUCACACACACACACACGAAGAGUUUAGUUUUGGGGAUAACGUUCGAGGUUUAACAUUUUUGAAUUCUAACAUACUAACAUUUUUACUUUUAUUUUACGUAUUAUCAUAAGUAGUGAUUAAUAAAAUAGUUUUUAACACUGAAUCAUUGCUCAGUGUGUUUCUUUUGUUGCUGGUUCGUGACAAAAUUGGGGGCUCGUCCGGGAUAGUUCCCAAGGUUAACGAGUGUCGUCUGGGAUCGUUUCCCAGAUUGACAAGAUUUGUUCGGGGUUCAAUCCAAAGAUUUUUGAGGGAGGUCUGAUAAAUUCUUUUUAAUUGGCUUGUGUGUGUGGAAACCAGCAGCAAUGGAUAUUAAGGCAUUUUUGGAGUCACCAACCCAAAAGGGAUUGGAGGUGGCGAAAAAGGAUGAUCUGAUAAAGAUUGCUACAAGGUUAAACCUUACAGAAGUAAAGCAGUCUAUGAGAAAGGCAGAUAUUCAGAGACUGAUAGCUGGCCAUUAUGUGGAAAAGAAGGUGUUUGAGAAGGAAGUGUUAAAACAGUUUCCUGGCAGUGAAAUAGCAAUUUCUGAGGCACAGGUGCAGCUGGCAAAGAUAGAAGCUGAACGAGAGCAAACCCAGUUAAAGAUAGAAGCUGAACGAGAACAAAAUAAAUUAGAAGCUGAACGAGAGGAAAAGAGAUUAGAGGCCGAACAAAAGAAAUUAGAGACUGAACAAAAGAUAACUCAGAUGAAGAUAGAGGCUGAUCUAGCAAUGAAGCAGAUGGAAUUGAAGAGGAUGGAGCUGGAUAACGAGGAGAAAAAGAGGCAGCAUGAGUUACAAAUGAAGCGUAGGAGUUCGGAAUCUGAUUCUGAUGAUGGUUUUUCAGCCAGCAGGGAGGUUCGAUUAGUCCCUCCGUUUGAAGAAGAUCAGGUUGAUCAGUAUUUCCAACAUUUUGAAAAGGUUGCUGUGAGUUCAAACUGGCCAAGGAAAGGAUGGGCUCUUAUGGUACAGAGUGUGAUUAAAGGUAAAGCUCAAAAAGCUUAUUCUGCUUUGUCUGCUGAGGAUGCAGCUGAUUAUACCAAGGUAAAACAAGCUAUUUUGAAGGCCUAUGAAUUGGUCCCUGAGGCUUAUAGACAAAAAUUCAGAGACUUGAGGAAAUCUGCAGAUCAGACUUAUAUGGAAUUUGCCAAUGGAAAGAGAAUAUGUUUUGAACGAUGGUGCCUGGCUAAAAAUGUAGAUGGGGAUUAUGAUAAAUUGACAGAAUUGAUACUGGUGGAAGACUUUAAAAGAUGUGUUCCAGCUGAAUUAACAACAUAUUUAAAUGAAAAGGCAGUGGAAACUUUACAAGAAACUGCUAGGUUGGCAGAUGAUUAUGCUUUAACCCAUAAAUCCAAAUGGGGACAACCUAAAACCUUUCAAAAGAGUUACAAAGACAAUCCAGGUAAACCGGAGAUUAAAUUGGGAGGUAAUCAAAAAGGAAAAGAUGAAAAGAAGCCAGGGCUGGAGAAACCUGUUGAGCGUACUUGUUAUUACUGUAGGAAACCUGGCCACGUGAUAUCUAAUUGUGCCCUUUUGAAGAAAAAGAAGGAAGCUGGGCCCAAUGCUUGCUUUCAGGCAAUUAAAAAUCGAAAAGGUUUAGGAGAUGCUGUUAAAGAUCAGUCCUUGCAAGAGGUAAAAGCGGAAAAGUUGGAGGAGGUGAGAAAAGAAUUCCGUUCGUAUGUAUCAGAGGGUUUUGUUUCACUGAAUGAUGAGUCACCCCAGGUGCCAGUGAAAAUUCUUAGAGAUACUGGGGCUAGUCAAUCUCUCUUGCUGGACAGUGUUUUAAAUUUUGGUGAAGAAAGUGACACUGGUGAAGUAAAUCUAAUACGAGGCGUUACAGGUGAGACCAUGUCUGUCCCUUUUCACAGGGUGAUUUUAAAGUCAAAGUUCAUAGAAGGACCAGUCGAGAUAGGGAUAAGACCUAGUUUGCCAGUGGAAGGAGUUUCUUUGUUAUUGGGAAAUGACCUUGCAGAUGGAGAAAGUGAUCCUGUGGUACGGUUAACAACCAAACCAAGGAUUGAUGAGUCUGACUCGAGCUAGAGCUAAAGAAUUAGCCAAGACAGACAAUCCGGUGCAGUCUGAUGUAGUUCCUUGUGACAGUCCUAAACAGGAAGAAAAUUAUGAUGCCUUAUCUGAGACU